GUACUUUAAUCGUUCCAUAUUCCCUGGCUAGAUUUCAUCCCAUCACACUGCUAUCUUGAUUUAUCCAUCAUUUCAUUCUAUACUAAAAUAUCUCUGUGAAAUCCCAAAAAUCCCACCAACCACCAUGAAAAUGAAGAUCAUCAACACUAGAAGGCGAACUAAAACCCCAACUCACUUCCUCAUUUUCUCAUUCCUCAUUCUUCUGAUCUCUGCUGUUUCUGCGACCCGCGAUCUAGUCUCUCAUGAUGUGGGUUCGGGUUCACCAUCUUUUCUUCGUCUUCCAUCGAUUCAAUCACUGUUUUCUGCAGAAAAUUGUGAACAGACUUAUGGGUUUCUUCCAUGUACUACAACUGUAUUGGGGAAUUCCUUCUUGAUUAUAGUUUAUGGGUAUUUGAUGUAUUUGGCUGCUACUUAUUUAUCCAAUGGAAGUGAGCUUUUGUUGGAGAUUUUGGGUCCUGGUAUUGUCGGUGGUCUCUUCCUUCCCAUUCUUGGUGCUCUUCCUGAUGCCAUGCUUAUUAUGGUAUCUGGCCUUUCCGGAAGUACUGCAGUUGCUCAGGAGCAGGUAUCUGUUGGAAUGGGAUUGUUAGCUGGUUCGACCGUCAUGCUUCUUACAGUAAUAUGGGGAUCUUGUAUUGUGAUUGGAAAGUGUGAUCUUCAAAAUUCACGCGCUAUGGACGAAACUGACACAAGAGGAUUUUCUUUACUAGGUUCUGGUGUUUCUACUGAUAUAUGGACGAGCUAUGCAGCAAGGAUCAUGGCUAUAUCUGUGCUACCGUUUCUUGUUGUGCAAUUGCCCCAAGCUCUUAAUUCGAGUUCAGGGAGACACUUGGCUGUGUUGAUUGCCCUUAUAGUAUCUCUUCUUAUGCUGAUUAGCUAUUGCGUUUAUCAGGUUUUUCAACCUUGGAUACAAGAGAGGAAGCUGGAUUAUGUGAAGCAUAAGCGUGUAAUGACAGGAUUUCUUAAACUUUUGAAAAUGCGUGCUCUUGGAAAACUUUGCAAUCAUGAUGGUAGUCCUAACACAGACGUAUUAUUAAAGGUUUUUGAAGCAAUUGACCAGGACAAUGAUGGUUAUCUCUCGAAAGGGGAGCUUGGAGCUUUCCUUGUCGGGAUGCAUUUAGAAGGAGUCAGCAUGGGCUUAGAUGACAUUGUGCAGAAACUAAUGAAUGAAUUAGACACAGAGCAUCAAGAUCAGCGAAUUGAUCCAGAUGAGUUCAUUCGGGGAAUCUCAAAGUUGCUUGAUAUUGUGAAAGGCGACAAAGUUUCACAUCAUACGGCUGACACUCUAAAACAUAUAGAGAAAUACAACGAGGAAGCAGAAGCCGAACAUUUUCUGUUGGGUGAUUUCAGUGAAGAGCAGGGAGAAGAAAUUGAAAAUCCAAAGGCUACCACCAUCAAGGCAAUUCUGUUCCUUGUGCUUGGAACUAUUAUAGCUGCUGUCUUUGCUGAUCCAUUAGUUGACGCUGUGGAUAAUUUUUCUAAUGCUACAAGCAUUCCUUCCUUCUUCAUCUCGUUUAUUGCUUUACCCUUGGCGACAAAUUCCAGUGAAGCUGUGUCGGCUAUCAUUUUUGCCUCCAGGAAGAAGAAGAGAUCUGCAUCGCUCACAUUUUCUGAGUUAUAUGGAGCGGUGACCAUGAACAACGUACUCUGUCUCUCGGUAUUUUUGGCUUUAGUUUAUUUGAGAGGAUUGACUUGGAACUUCUCCUCCGAAGUGCUCGUUAUUUUCCUCGUUUGCGUCAUAAUGGGUGCUCUUGGCAGCUUCCGUACUACAUUCCCUCUCUGGACAUGUUUUGUGGCUUUCCUUCUCUACCCGUUAUCUCUGGUGCUCGUUUAUGUCCUUGACUACAUCUUCGGUUGGUCAUAGAUCUUUUCAUUUCAUUGAUCAAUGAUCCUAAAAAACUAAAUAGAAGAGUUUUUGUUUUUCUUUGUGAUACACAAACGAUCUCCAUAUUGUAAGUGUUUCGUCUAUUACUUCUAAUCUCUCCCUCUCCCCCAACCCCUUCCUUCAUAUUGAGUGCAUAAAAUUUCUCUUUGAUCGUUAAUGUGACUAGACUUGAGUAUAUUUCUUU